AUUAGAUUAAAUGACAGCGGUUGUCAGCUGUAUCGGUUGUGCUUUGUUCAGUGCGAAAUCAAGUGCCUUGUUCGUUGACUGAAAGGCAUAUUUUGUGUAAAUUAGUAUAAUAUUUCAAAUAUAUCCAAAGUGUACCUUAGUCGUUGAACUAAUUGAGGCUGAAGAUGAUAGCGCAACAUAGACAUAAAUGUGUUUCCUUCUUGGGCUUUGCUAUUUCAUUGCUGUUUCUGAGCGUUGCCCUUUGCGAUGAGCAGAGCAAAUUACAACGAAAACUGACUGCAACAUUGAAUCCGGGAUGCAGAGAUUUCUGCGAAAAUAAUACAGCUAUCACACUGGUGCAUAUUGCGGCCGCAUCCGACACGGACACGAUUCAUUAUGUGUGGGAUUUUACAGGGAAACCAACCAUUCUGGUGGCCCUAACGAGCAAACAGGCCGAAUUUCACAUCGAUUGGCCGAGAUUGAUGGAUAGCAAACCGGAAUCGGUUUACUUUACCGAAGUUCCACAAUACACUUUUAUGGCGAUUAUCAACCGGAUGUUCCAGUACGACGACGCUGAAGAUCGUGCAAUGUUGGAUGAUGAUACAAAUGUAUUCGUUUACGAUCCGCAUAAUUUCACGUGGAACCGCAGCCUGCUGUGGUCGAACGAAAAGGAUGCUAUGAUGGCAAUCAAUGCGGGUGAUGAUUUUCUUUUCAAGUUAAAUGCCUACUCAACGAAAGACCACGGCAUGGACUUUCCACAUUUGCUGCACACGUCAAAUUCCACCCAGAUAGACAUAGUGUUCAACAACAUAACGAACCGUUACGCGAGUCCUCGUUUCGCUAUCGAGCUGCUAUUUGUCGUAUCGGAGCAAGCUGUCGUCGAAUCGGAAUUCGAAGUUACGAAGCGUAAAACGCUGGACGAUGAGCAUACGCCGGGCAUUUUCGAAAUCGUCGACGUACUGUCACCGGGCGCCUUCACCUUCUCGGCCGGUGGGUACCUUGAGUUUCGACCCGUUUCAUACACUCACCCCGAACGGGACGUGGCCACAUCGACUGAAACGCGUCAAAGUCAACCGGUUACUAUACGGUCUCCAUCGGCAGCACUGCAAACCACUCUGGCAUACGCGCUGUACGGUACGAAGUUGGAUAGCUACCUAGUGCAGGGCAUGAAUGUUUCGUUCGGUGUCAGCGAGGAUGGAUUUUACCGCAAGACGAACUACACCACCAUGACCUUUCAGGUCGGUUACGGUAUGCCACCGGUUGAGGAGUUGUCCGCAUUCGUGCUAAUUGUAGCCGGUAUCGGUAUCGGCGUACCGUUAAUCGUGUUGGUCGCGAGCACCAUGUACGUUUGUAUCAGGAAGCUGCGCAAUCGCGACCGAUUCCAGCAACAGCGGCUGUAAUGAUUCUUUUGCAGUAGGGCGCAUCUAUGGCCAAAAGAUAUCUCAUUCCUUGAUGCUCGCUUUUCCGCGGCAGCAACUAACUUGUUUGCUCCUUUCGGAGAUACAAAGCGCACACACACAGACAAACACGUGGAAAGCUGGUAAACAGUAUAUAAGGAAGGCACUCUAUAGCUGUACGGCGUGUGUUAAUAGUGAAUUUUAUGCAAAUCGACCCUUUUUUAGAGUGUUGUAUAACUGUGUUAUUAAAAUAAAAUUGUUUAAUUUUAUAGCAAAA